AUGAAGUCCAUCUUCUUCCUAGUUGCCUCUAUCGCCUUCGCCUCUACGUUCGCUGCAUCAGUACAUACUGCAAAUAUUGAUGAUCUUAAAGGAGCAACUGAUACGUUCAAUGCUGCACUUAGAGAGAGUCAAUAUAACCUCACAGAAGCAGACGGAGAUGUAGGUGACUUUGCCACGAGACUCUUCGGCUUCGAAGGCUGUGGUGACUGGGGUUCUCUCAAGCGGAAGGCAAUUUACUCUGGUUGGCAGCAAGCCUGGCAUAUGAUGGACGCCAUUCAAGGAAAGGAGCUCAACUGGAACGAAGCUGCAGCUGUAGAAUUCUUCGCACCUCCUUUCAUCAACGAAGAUGAGCAGUCUGCCAUCAAAAGCACUAUCUCCCCACUUCUAUCUUCUUUAGCUGGCAGCAGUCUCAAUCCGUUUCAAUGGCGACUUCAUGUUCGUUGCGACGAUCCUAGCGAUAUAUGCAAAUGCAAACCACACACUCAGCUGGCAUACACCACCAACAAAGACCAAGAGUCGGGAAAAGCACGUAUCGCAUUCUGUCCCAAUUAUUUCCUCGAACCAGAUCUUCUCAAAGUCAUUGAUGAGAACAGCAAGAAGGAGUUACCCAUAGAACAUCGUGCAGAUCUAAACAACUACAUUCGUAACAAAGGACGUGUUUGGUUCCAUGAGCUUCUCCAUGUUGAUUGGGCCUCUGGCGUGGACCCGCGGUAUAAUAUUGCUGAUCUUCAUGCUCUGUACGUCCGGGGAGACCAAACCAUCGUCAAGCAAAGGAUUUACAACCCAGCGAAGACGAAAGGUCUCGCUGCGUUUCCCCUCGAUCCAGCUUGGUGGAUUAAGAGAAGCGCUGAUAACUUCGCCAUGUAUGCGAUGGCCAAAACCGUUCAAAAGAUCACUGGCAAUUAUCCUCAUCUUCCCUUCGCCUCAACACUAGAAUGUGUGUACGAAAUUCCCCAUGCCGGACUUGAUCCUUUUAUGGCGGAGGGCGUAAUGAUUGAUCGAAAAUUGGCAGCUAUGGUUGGCACCGAAGGUCAAGGCAAGUGUCAAGCCUCUGAGGAUGAACAUGGCCCUGGAGACAAGGGUCUUGUUAUCCCAAAGACCUCUAGUGCCUGGUUUUCUGGUCAAAAUCGUUACCCCGAGGACUAUAAUCGCCAAUUACGAGGUUGGUUGGCCGAUGCGAAUCCUCGCCACAACCGUGUUCGCAUCGUGCUAAUGCAAACUUUGAUGGGGUCUCAAUGGAUAGCUAUUCAAGAUACACCCGAAGAGCCUGCCAAAGAUUUCUGCCUCGCAGAAGUCCUAUCAAAGGUGCCCGCAAAGGCAGACGAGGACAACCCGGAGUUUCCAACUGAACUUCCUGCAUUCGAGGCCCAUGGAGCCAAGGGGUGCAUCUAUUCUGGAACUUCUAACAUUGUAGGUAGUUUGACUUGCGAGAAUGGUCCUUUGGAUAUUCGCUGCUGGGAGGACCCGGAAUGGAGGGAGAUGUCUUAUUGUGAUGGAGGGAAGUACAUGCUGGGAAUCAAGUGUGACUGGGCGUGA